AUGGAACCCAUCACACCGAUGUUAACAAAUAUUUUCAACGGAAUACUCGACCUCAGUCAAAUACCAGAAGAUUGGGCGAACUCUACUAUCAUAUUCUUGUACAAGAUAGGUGAUCAAUUAAAUAUCAACAACUAUAGACCUAUAUCCCUAUUGCAAACAAGUUAUAAAGUUUUCACAAGCAUAUUACUUAACAGACUCAAACCCAAAUUAGACUACAUGCAGCCGAGAGAACAUGCUGCUUUUCGUUUCAAAUUCUCUACAAUUGAUUACAUCUUUGUUUUGACUCAGAUAAUGGAAACAUAUGAAGAAUAUAACAAAACUCUUUACAUCGCAUUUAUUGAUUAUUCAAAAGCUUCCGACUCUAUUUACCAUGAUUUACUAUGGUUGGCGUCGAAAUCUCAUGGAAUACAUAACCAAUAUAUAAGAAUACCGAAAGAAAUUUAA